CGCUGACUCGUGUCGUGUCCCUACUCCCUCCCUUUCCUCCAGACACACACGAACGCUAGUAACACCGGCAGCUUUAACGGAGGAGGAACAUCACAUCAAGCCAUAAUAAUCCGGAAUAACGGGACACAACUGAAGGAUCCGAUAUCUGCCACAGGACGGCGAAUGGACUGAGAUCUCAAACGCUUCUGAGAAAUCUGCAAAGACUGACGCCUUAACACACACACACACACACACACACACACACUGAAGAAAUACAGGGACCCAGAUAAAUGGCUGACAAACAGAUCAGUUUGCCUGCUAAGCUGAUAAACGGCGGUGUGGCGGGACUGAUCGGCGUUACCUGCGUGUUUCCCAUCGAUCUGGCCAAGACUCGCCUUCAGAACCAGCAGAAUGGAUGCCGUCUCUAUUCCAGCAUGUCAGACUGCCUUAUUAAGACCAUCCGCUCGGAGGGAUACUUCGGCAUGUACAGAGGAGCUGCGGUGAACUUAACUCUCGUCACUCCAGAAAAAGCCAUCAAGCUUGCAGCCAAUGAUUUCUUCAGAUUUCACCUCUCUAAGGACGGGCAGAAACUCACUCUCCUGCGAGAGAUGCUGGCCGGCUGCGGGGCGGGAACAUGUCAGGUCAUCGUUACGACACCGAUGGAGAUGCUAAAGAUUCAGCUGCAAGAUGCUGGAAGAAUCGCGGCGCAGAGGAAGCUGAUGCCUCAGGCUGCGGCCCCCGGGGGCCCCGUGGAGCUCAAGUCCCCCACUGCUAUGCAACUGACCAGAGAACUGCUGAAGGAGAAGGGCAUCGCGGGUCUCUACAAGGGCCUGGGAGCCACACUGCUCAGGGACGUCCCGUUUUCCAUCAUCUAUUUCCCUCUGUUCGCCAAUCUGAAUAACCUGGGUAAGAGAGGAGGCGAGGGUCCGGCUCCGUUCUACGUGUCGUUCGUGUCGGGCUGCGCUGCGGGGAGCACGGCUGCGGUCGCCGUCAACCCUGUGGACGUGAUAAAGACGAGACUACAGUCGCUAAACCGAGGAAGUCAAGAGGACACUUACAGCGGGGUGACGGACUGCAUCAGGAAGAUAUUACGCAACGAGGGGCCGAGCGCUUUCCUGAAGGGUGCGUACUGUCGAGCUCUGGUCAUCGCGCCGCUCUUCGGCAUCGCUCAGGUCAUCUACUUCCUCGGCGUGGGCGAAUACAUCUUGAGCUGUCUGCCCAAACAGAACAACUAACCCAUAAUGCCCUUUCUCACAAGGAUCAAAGCGUAACGCCAACCAGUCUGACUGAUUUGAAUAGUUUGUCGUCGUGCCGUUUGUGUGUUUUUAUCUGAAUGUGGUGCUUUUAAUACUGAGGUUGUGUUUGCCAAGCUGCCUGUUUUUGUCACGCCGAGACCAUAUGAGCGUUUUAAAUCUCCAGACAUUUAAAGCGUAAAAUCAGCGAUCAAUCGUGACACUUUGAAUCGUAGAGCUCUUGUUAAUGAUAUCAGCUCUUUUUAAUUGUUCAUUUCCUGGGACAUGAGGGCAUGUAAUGUUGAUUAGUUUGCCCUCGAGGAGACGUGUGGAAGUGUUUGUGUGCGAUGCGUAUUCUCGGCAUAUCUUUCUGCAUAUCAAGGCUUUAUUCAGCACAUAUUACGAAAUUACGGAGGUUAAUUCGAUUCGUUUUUCUUUAAAAAGCUGUGAGAGACGUAUCUCUCAAAUUAGCCCAAUCAAAAUGGAGAUGCCCGUAACCAGCGGCGAAGCGACUAUUAAAACUUCCUGAAAGUUCCCACACUUUGGGAGAUGAUUAUUAUAGACACAAGAAGAAUUAGCCCACGCAAAUCUGUUUCCAUAUAUUAGUAGUGAAAUAGCAUUAAAAACUCAUGCUUUGUGGGUAGUUUGAGGUUUAAUUAGAACAUGUUGGGUAUGCAAAUUCCUUUUUUUAGGGACGGGACACAUGAAAUGUCAUACAAAGUAGUUAUCACACCCAAAACCAGUGCUAUUUUAGAUAUUAUUAUAGUUUUUAUUAUUAUUUUUCGUUGUCAUUUUAAUUCCAGUUCUAGUAAUUAUAUGUUUGUAGAUGUCUAUAUAGCUUUUAUUAAUUUAUAUUUCAGGUUUAAUUUUUUUUUUUUUGACCAUAAAAUUGGGGGAUUUUGCCAUGGCAACUAGCUGAAAAAUAAGUUUAAGUUUUUGUACAUUUUAUUUUAUUUCAGUUAAUGUUUAUUUGAAUUCAAAUAACAACAAUGUUUUGACAUUUAUAACAAUUAUUUUAACUGCUAUUUAUAAAUAUUUUAAAAUAACAGCCCUGACUAAAACAUUAAAAACAUUUUUGUUAAUUAGAUUCAAGCUGAAUAUUAUUAGAUGAAGAACUUAAACUAAAUGAAAAUAGAAAUGUUGCCUUGGCAAAGCACUGAACGAAAACCCCCAAUAAUAGCAUUGAAAAGGUUAAAAUGACAAAAACACAGCAAUAAAAACUGAAUUUAAAAAAGCUAAGUCAAAUUAUUAAUAAAAACUAUAAUAGUGUAUAAAUAGCAUGCUUGUCAUGUCACCUAAUUAAUAUUCAUGAGCAACGCUGUGUCCCGCCCACUGCAAACCAACUUUAGCCAGUUAUAAAUAUCCACAACGCCUAGAUUUGUUAGGUUCAUAUCUGUCGGAUCAGAUUUGAGAAGACGCCAAAGUAACGUGCAGAUUGAUUGUAAAGCCCGCCUGGUGAAUCUAUGCUGGGGGCGGGGCUAAUAAUUAUGAAUAUUAAUGCUUUUGUCUGCCUUGGAUCGUGGAAUUUGAAUAGUCAUUCCAGUUUUGUGGAGAAUCGGAUAAGCACACGCUCACGGAGUGACGUUCCAGACUCUGGAUUGAAGUCAUAUUUAUGAUCAUAUCGAUGUAAACACACUUAUAGUAUAUCUCACUAUAUAUUUGUAUGGAUAGUUUUAUCAGUGUCUGAUAGUUUGUGUGAUUAUUGUUUUGUAUACGAUGGCUUAUUUGCACACCUCCCCGAUCCUUCUGUUUGGCAUCUGGAAGAGUUAAUAUGCCAGUUUACAGCGUUUGAGCCGGACCUGCGGUGUAUCAGUGUUGCUGCACUGUCAAAUCAACCAAACAAAAACCCAAAGGUUGUAGUUCUCGUUUAAUGUUUGCUUUAUUUCUUAUUUUAGCCCGUUGUGGAGUGGAAAACACAAUGCUGUCGCUCACAGUCCACGCCGUCGGCUAGAGCCAGAUAAAGCUCGGCCUGUUCUCCGUUUCACACUGCCAAACUUUCCUGAACAAAUCCCUGCCGAUAGUACCUCUGCAGUCCCCCUUCCCAGUACACUGAUUUCCUACACUCGUCCUGCUACUGAAUGUGCACUAGCGUUCAAACGUUCGGGGUCAGGAAGAUUUCUUAUUUUGAAAGAAAUUAAUACUUUUAUUCAGCAAUGGAUGCAUUAAAUAGAUCAGAAGUGACACUAAAGACAUUUAUAAUGUUGCAACUUUCUAUUCACCAAAGAAUCCUGACAGUUUCACCAAAAAAAGGGGAAUGUUUGCAUUACAAUAUCGUUUUACACCCUAAGAAGUAACUAAUUACGUUACUUUUUAUGGAAAGUAAUCCACUGCAUUACUCUCUGGCUGAUUCUCGGGUUAGAGUAGUUUGUUGUUGUUGCAUAUGUUUAUUGCAGUAAUGCAUUUAAUAACACAGCUUACUUGCUUUAUUACCAUAAAGCUUCAU